UCCCAUUUUAAAUACCUGUCUCCCACUACACCACACCUCUCUCUCUCUCUCUUCAUCAUCUCCAUUUUUUUGUGAAUGUUAUGAGGAUGAUUUAGGUAGCUUCUGAAAAAUGGGAAGAAAAUGCUCACUUUGUGGAAGUGCUGGCCACAAUUCAAGAACUUGCACCACUCUCAAACCUUCCCAUCAUCAUCAUCAUCACCAUCAUCAUCAUCACAGCAGCAGCAGCAGUGUUAAUGUGGGAGGGCUGAGGCUUUUUGGAGUUGAACUUGAAAUCUCUUCCUCUUCUUCUUCCUCUGCCAUGAUGAAGAAAAGUUGCAGCUUGGAUUGCUUGUCUUCUUCUUCAUCUCUGUCUUCUCCCCACUUUUCUGCCAAUGAAAUCUCUGCAGAGAAGACAUCUCUUACCUACCCAGCUUCUGAUGCCACCAUUUUUGAAGCUAAUAAAGAAAAGAAGAAAGGAGUUCCAUGGACAGAAGAGGAACACAGGACAUUCUUAAUUGGACUAGAAAGACUAGGAAAGGGAGACUGGAGAGGGAUUUCCAGAAACUUUGUGACUACAAGGACUCCAACCCAGGUUGCCAGUCAUGCUCAGAAGUAUUUUCUCAGAUCACAGAGCGGUCUAAAUAGUAACAAUAACAGCAAGAAUCGCCGCCGUGCUAGCCUCUUCGACAUGGUGGAGCUGCACAGCAUCAAAUCACAGCAGGAAGAAGAUGAUGAUCAAGAACAGACCCCAAACAAGCACUCUUCACCUUCUUUCUUGCAGGCUCAUGAUAAUAAUGCAGCUGGAAAAGCCCUCAAUUCCAGGGUUAUAAUGUCAUCAUCAUCCACUGGUUCUUCUUCAUCAAAUGCAGUUCUUGAUUUGGAGCUCACCAUUGGAGCUCCCAAUAAGAAUGUGUUGCUGAAAAUUUUCUCCAUUGCACAGCUCAUCUGGUCCACCAAUCUGUUUGUUUCGUCGGCACUCACAAUGUGUAGGGUUAGUUUGAUUCCUACUAGCUGGGAGAUAUAGGUCAGAAUCGACUUGUUACAGAUACCCGUGUACAAGUAUUUUGAAAAAUUUGUAACCGUUAAUUAUCUAGGCACCUCCUAGGUCGGUAUGUAUGUAGUUUGUGUAUUUUCAAUAGCAUUGUGGGCUUGUGGCUGUGACCAUGAAUUACAUUAUAUUCUUUAA